AUGCAACCACUUCAUAAUAAAGAACAUAAUGCGCUGUCGACAAGUCUUCCCCUUCGACUGCGUAGCGAAAUGAUCCCAUUUUGUAUGCGUUCUACAAAAUUUAACCAGCUCACUGCCGACUAUCAGCGACAUUCUUUUGUGCCCCUUGCACAGAGCACUCUGGCGCACUCCCUUUGGGCUCCUGAGGAGGGUUUGACGCCUUCAGAUCCACCCUCAUCCAAACAAGCCUGUCCGGACCAUCCAGACAUUCGGUCGGGCCACUCGGGCCGAAUUCAAGGCAUCGCUGUCUGUUCUGCUCGGUCUGUUCGCAACAUGAAAUCUUUCCCACUUUACAUAUACGGGCUCGGGCACUGUAACAGCUACAGCGAUGAAAGUGCCAGCUUGCGCCUCACAUGCACCUACUCAACUGCAUUCUUGGACCAAGGUUCCUGUUGCGUAAUGCAACUGAGCUACGCAAAGCCUGCUAUGGCGUCAGGCACACCGACACUCGACGCCGGUUUGCGGACAGUUGCUAGCGAAGGUGUGUCCAUGUGGGUGUUUGUGGGUCUGGAAUUCUGGACUGGAGAGGCUCCUUCGUCUCGGGAUGUAGGAAUGAGCACGAGUUGUUUACCCUCCUUGCCGCAUCGGUACGUCUGCAUGAACUUGGACGCUGCAUCAGUGCCUCAAACUCCAAGUUGCCCGGGCGAUUUUCUCCCACUCCCUUGCUGCCUGGCCUGUGUGUACCUGUCCAUUUGGUCAUUUAUCUCAGAGACAUGCGUACACAUGGUUUCCCUAGCAAGCAAGCGCACACGCGUGCGUGUGGCAGUCAUGGUCGUGGCUUUGUCUGAUUGCAGAAUUUGGCAUAAUUUUGUUUGCCUACUUUAUAACUUAUCACGGCCGAGAUUUGUGGGAGUCCGCCAGAGCAUUCUGCCCACACAAUCUUUUUUGACCCAGGAAAUUCACAGCCUGCACAGCCAAAGAGGCUGUGGAGGCAGCCUCGCCUGGUCCAGUGUGCGCAUGCGCAGAGUGACGAGGCUGAGCAAAGAAAAUCGGGGCUAA